GACGUCAACACGAAAAUUAACAAGUUCUUCAACAAUGCGUGACCAGUAUAAGUCAUGUGUGUUUACUCUUGAAGAUGAAUGGCAAACGUUCAAACACUACAUAUGAGGCGCAGCGUGUAUAUACCCCUGGUACAUUCCCUCGACGACAGCUUUAAUUACCUACAUAUCUGACACCCUUUUCCUACGCUUUAUUCUCCGUUUUUCGCUUCCUUUGUAGCAGAUAAAAGAAUUCAAUCCGUAAAAUACCGUAGUUCAUUGUAAUUUUCCCAUUUUCUAAACAAUGAACCUCAUUGAACGUACUGCUAUGACAACCCUAAAGGAUCAAUGGUGGGAGGCGAGAAAUCCCCCUGCAAGCUGCAAUGCGCUCUCAUUUCAAGAUAAGACUGUGCUGGUGACAGUGGCCAAUUCCGGUCAGCGAGUUCGACGAGUCAAUUAAUAGCUUGACCUGACUCGAACCUGACCUGACUUGGCCGGGGUAGAUUGUAAAUAUUUUUGAUGCUAUGUGAUUGGUGUAUUUCUUGUGGCUGAAGAUACGACCAGGUAAGCCCUGUAAGCCAAUGUACCUGACCUGACUUGACUUAUCGAAGUCGCUGAUUCCGGCCUAGGGUAUCAAGCAGCGAUCAAAUAUGCAGCUUUAAGAGCAUCACCUCUCAUCCUAGCUGUCCGAUCGAACGAAAGGGUGAAGCAGUGAAAGCGGCUAUCCAACGAGAAACAGGAUGUUCCGG